AUGAUGUGUUAUGUGUGCUGUAAGGAGCUGAAGGGUUGGUGCAAGUCAUUUACUCGGACUGAGGGACUCCUCACCAUCCUAGAGGCUGUCCUCCUCAUUAUAUUUAUUGGAUUUUUUGUGUUUUUGGUUCUACACUUUGUAGCUUGCCAAAUUCAUCUUGGAGAUAAAAAUGUAAUUGAAAAUAGCACAGUGCCCACAGUAACGACGACCGUCAGCCCUAGUGUGACUAGUACCCUGUCCCCAGACGUGGAGUGUACGUGGGAACCUUCUCAGAAAACGACUGCGCACACGCGUUACUACGUCUCUGACAGCUACACAGCGGAUGUUGGCCACCACACCCCGGGAAGGAGCACCACCACUAAAUAUUUAGGAAUAUUUGACGAGGCUUUAAGACCGUCACAUUACUAUGACGAAGACGAAUUUUUAGAAAAUUCUAACGGUGAACCUGCCGGUGAUAUAUAUAAAAACCAGGUUGUAGCCUUGGUCAAAUUUAAACCUCCCAGGGAUGUCACGUUCGGCUGCAUUUUAACGAAGAUUACACAAUUUUGGACAUUGACUGCUGCUAGUUGUAUCGCGUCCAUCGAGGAAGUAGACUCGCUGGACUCGUUUGUUAUGAUAGAGCAGUUCGGCGAGGCGGACCAGUCGCCGCCGCGCCACGUGGCGGCCGUGCGCCUGCACCCGCGCUACCAGGGACACUCGCGCGCGCACGACCUGGCCGCGCUGCGCUCGGCCCGAGCACUGCGCGCGCGUGCGCCUCUAUUGCACCUGCCACACAUGCUCGACUACUUCCUCAUGGCUCUGGGGGAGAGGCUCCUCAUUCUCGGUUACGGAGGAUAUAGGACAGUAGACAAGGCAGAAGGGCGACGACUCCGUCAAGUAUCAGUGUUCGUGACGGCGGCUGCAGCGUGCGGGGGCACGGGCCCGCCGGGCUGGGCGCGGAGGCACCUGGCGCGCGGGGCCGCGGUGGCGGACAGCGCGGCGUCGGGCGCGGCGCCGCUGUGCGCGGGGGCGCGCUGGGCGCGGGGCGCGGCCUGCAACUACUGCGCGGGGGCGCCGCUGGUGCGCGGGGGCGCGCUGCUGGGCAUCAUGAGCGACAACAGCGAGUGCGGCGUCACCUGCGAGCCCCAGAUCUUCGUAAACCUCGCCGCCCUGCGCGACUGGAUCGAUAACUUUACCGACUAA